AUGGUACCGGAUAUGGAGCAGCCUUUACAGUCCUCAUGGCAGGAGUUUAGCGCCGAGGGCUUGACCCCAAAUGACUCGUUCCGCAUCGAUGUAGCCUGGGAUUCAGAUCUGCAAGACUUCUUGCAGAGCGUGCAGGACCAACUCCCUCAUGCAAGUAUCUCGCGCAUGCAACAUAUCAGCAUGGCCCUGCCGCGGUCUCUCAGGGCACGAACGCUCGACCUGCAGACCAAGGAUGGGUCGACAGGCUUGCAUCAUCGGGCAUUGCUGGUCGACUGCACGCUCCACGCUGAUGAGCUCCAGCUGAGCUUCCUGAUCGAUUCUGCAGCAGUCGACCCUCAAUUGAUCUACCACGUUUGCUGGCAGUAUGAAAACAUCCUUCGACGGCUUCUCUCAGCUGGGUCUGACAGGGGUCAACGCCUCUCAGAGUUUCGGGUCGUCAACAUGCACGAUCUGCGGGAGAUUUGGCGCUGGAACGCGGCAGUUCCGGAGAGGGUGGAUGGGCUUAUCCAUGACAUUUUUGCUGGCGUCGUGCGGGCUCAGCCAGAGUCGCCUGCCAUCUGCGCUCAUGACGGCGAGCUCACGUACGGUGAGCUGGACCGCCUCUCGACCCAUCUGGCACAUUUCCUCAUGAAGUAUGAUGUGAAAGACACUAUCGUGCCUUUACAUCUCGAGAAGUCCAUGUGGACGCCUGUGGCCCAAAUGGGAGUGAUGAAGGCAGGUGCAGCCUCCGUCGUGCUCGACGUCUCUCAGCCCAUAGAACGGCUUCGGACCAUCGUCCACCAGGUUAAUCCACGGCUGAUCUUGACAUCUGCCGAGAAUGAGACCGUCACCCGUCACCUAUCGACCAAGCACGUUAUGGUCGUUGGAAAGGCCGCAUUCACCCAGCUUCCUCAGGCCGAAGCUGAGUUCGAACUCCCCACGGUGGCGCCGUCCGCCCGGCUAUAUAUCGUCUUCACGUCGGGGAGCACAGGAGUGCCCAAGGGGGCUAUCAUCACACACUCCAACUUUGCCAGCGCCAUCCGGCACCAGCAGAAAUGCCUUCAAUUCCGAGCCGGACAGAGGGUGUUCGAUUUUGCGUCGUAUGCAUUUGACGUGGCUUGGUCCAACUUCCUCCACACCAUCACCGCUGGUGGCUGUCUGUGCAUCCCAUCUGACCAGGAGCGGAAGCAAGACAUCCCGGCCGCCCUGUGGAAGUAUGGGGCUGAGUAUGCCCAUUUGACCCCGUCGGUGACCUGGUUUGCUGCCGAGGAUCUGCCCGAUAGCAUCCAGUGCCUGCAAUUCAGUGGCGAGGAGCUGAAGGCGUCACUAGUUCAAACCUUUCAUAAGAGAGCAGCCAUAAUUAAUACAUACGGGCCAGCUGAGUGCUCGGUGACUAGUACGAUUCAGGCGGUUGAUACGUCCAUGGUGGACCGGAACCCUCCCAUCGGCCACGGCCUCGGCAGUUGCACCUGGGUGGUCAGUCUGGAUGGAACCCAGCUGGUGCCCAUUGGCACCGUCGGAGAGCUGUGGAUCGAAGGCCCUAUUGUGGGAGGGGGCUAUCUGAACGAUCCGAAGAAGACGGAGGCGGCAUUCAUCGAGGACCCAGGUUGGUUACUCCGUCGUGGCUUCACUACAACCCAGGCGGGUCGACGAGGUCGCCUCUACCGCACAGGGGACCUCGUGCGCUAUAACCGCCAUGAUGGGUCUCUGUCGUUUGUCGGCCGCAAAGACUCUCAGGUCAAGAUCCGUGGGCAGCGGGUGGAGCUGGCGGACGUGGAGCAUCAUCUGCGCAACUGCCUGCCAUUCGAGCUCCAGAAGAAGCUGCAGGUCAUCGCCGAGGUCAUUGUCCCGCAAGGAAGCACAAAUCCCGCACUCGUGGCCUUGGUGAGCUCCCUUGAUGACACCAUUCACUCGGACGUGGCAACCCUCGUGCGCAAGGCUGCUGGGGUCUGGGACGAAAAGCUCGCAGAGUCAGUACCUACGUACAUGAUCCCCUCGGCCUACAUUCCCAUCGAGCGUUUUCCUAUGACAGCCACCGGGAAGACGGACCGCCGACGUCUCAGAGAAGCGGCCUCGAAGAUGUUCUGGGAGCACGCUAUAGAGAAUGGGGGCACAGAGCGGAUACAGCCCACGUCGAAAGAGGAACAGGACAUGCUCGAAGUCUGGAGCGAGGUGCUUAAUAUCCCCCCCAACAAGAUCUCCACCGACGCAGCCUUCACACGCCUGGGGGGAGACUCUAUCACCGCCAUGCAGGUCGUGUCUCGAUGCCGAGAGAGGAAACUCCACGUCACGGUCGCAGAUGUACUCAAGCUGCGCACCAUUCAAGCCCUGGCUGCUCAAAGGACAGCCAGAAGUCCCACCACUGCCAUCGUGGCCAGCGAGGAUGAUGCCGAAGGUCGGCCCUGGCCGCUCUCUCCCAUGCAACAGCUGUUCUUCGACGCACACCCCGCCGGUCUGAACCACUACACCCAGAGCUUUCUGCUCCGCAUCACCCGCCCCGUGAACUUCCAUGCAUUGCGAGAGGCGUUGACAAUCAUCGUGCAGCGCCACGGCAUGCUUCGAGUCCGCUUCCAGCGAUGUAGGGACACUCAGGCAUGGGAACAAGUGGUGGUUCGGGCGGAGGAUAAUGCAUUUGUCGUCGUAGAACACCCAGCCAGUCCGGCUAGCGGCCUCGAGUCAGUCGUGCAGACUCGACAGGCGAGCCUUGAUCUCCAGCAGGGGCCCGUCUUUGCGGCCGAUCUAUUUUGCGGAAACGGAGAGGAGGACGCGAGCCUACUGCUCAGCGCGCACCACGUCGUCAUUGACCUCGUCUCAUGGCGCGUUAUCUGGCACGAAUUGGAAACGUGUCUGAGCCGAGGGCCGGCCAAGCUCCCACCGCCGCCUCUCUCCUUUCAGACUUGGUGCCGGCUGCAGCGUACCGAAGGCCAGAUGCUCGACCCGACUGCGGUGCUACCAUACCCAGUGGAGGCGGCUCAGAUGGCCUACUGGGCUCUGGACCCCGGAGAUAAUCGAUUCGCGGAAAGCGACCUCUACGAACAUACUAUCGAUGCGGAAACAACGGCCUUACUGCUGGGCCACAGCAAUCGCAGCCUGCGGACUGAGACCCUCGACAUACUUGUCGGCGCCCUAGUGCACUCCUUCCGCCAGGCCUUUCCGGACCGCACCGCGCCAGUCGUCUUCCUGGAGGGACAUGGCCGAGAGCCGCUGAUGGGCACCGACGUGGACCUUGCCGAGACGGUGGGCUGGUUCACCACCCUUCACCCCGUCCCUGUUUCCGGAUCAAGAUCCGACUCCCUUGUUGACAGUAUCCGCCAGGCCAAGGAUACGCGUGCACGGGCUCCCGGAAAAGGCCGGCCGUAUAUCGCCUGUCGCUAUCAUAGCGCCGCCGGACGCCAGGCCUUCGCCCAUCACCAGCCCGUAGAGCUGCUGCUCAACUACCGGGGCGUCUUCCAGCAGCUCGAAAGUGCCGGGACUCUGUUGCAGCGAGAAGACCGGCCGGAUCGAAUGGUGGCCAUAAGGGAGUUUGGAGAUGACUACCAGCGCAUGGCCCUCGUGGAAAUCAAUAUUGUUGUCGAGGCUGGCCGCGCACGCAUCUCGACGACUACACACCGGCGCAUGAGGCACCGGGGCCGACUGCACCGUUGGAUCCAACAUCUCUUCCCCGAUGCGCUUCAGGUCGCAUCCCAAGACCUCUUGGCUAACUCGCCAUCUCCCACUCUCUCCGACUUUCCCCUCUUGUCUAUCUCAUAUGCGGGUCUCGAGGCGCUGCUCACUGGUCAGCUGGCGGGACGGGGGAUUACAAUAGAGGCGGUUCGGGACAUUUACCCGUGCACGCCAGUCCAGCAAGGAAUCCUCCUCAGUGAGAAGAAGGGGGCAGCUUCGUAUCGGAAUAGCUGGGUGUGGCGUUGCUCGUCAGGGCUGGGGCCUUCGCCUACUGUCUCUCUGGAGCGUCUCAUAGUGGCCUGGAAGACAGCAGUCCGCAAACACAGUAUCUUCGCCACUGUCUUUGCGUCUCAUCCGGACACUGGGAGGGAUAUUCAGGUCCUCUUGGAAGUACAGAGUGACCGUCUGCCAAGCCCCGACGGGGAGGUCGCCUGUAGACUUGACAUGAGCCACGCUUUGAUCGAUGCUGCCUCCAUCCCAGUCCUGAUGCGAGAUCUGGCCACUGUGUACGCCGGGGGGCGCUGGGGGAACCGUCCUGAUCCUCCAGCCUUCAGCAACGUGGUGAGCCACGUCGAAGGCAGUCUGUCAUCCUCCAAGCGACUCACUUACUGGCAGGCUCAUUUGGAAGGCGCGCAGCAGUGCGAGCUUCUCGGUGACCUGCUCCCCGUGCACGCCCAUCGCGCGAACAGCUGUGAGCUAUACGGCCUCAUUCCUCUCCCCCAAGCCACCACAGCGGCCAUCUCCUCGUACUGCCGCAAGCAUGACGUUACCCGGGCCGUGUUCCUCGAGGUCGCCUGGGCAUUAGUUCUUGCGCAGUUCACGGGCAUGAAGGAGGUGUGCUUCGGGUAUGUCUGCUCCGGGCGCGACACGCCCGUGGAGGGCGUCGAGGCCAUAGUGGGCCCCUUGAUCAGCAUGCUCGUCGCGCGCAUCGACCUCAGUGUGCCGCAAUUGACGGAUGUUCUGCACGCAGUGGGUGAACAGUCGAUCGAGCACCUUAAUCACCAGCAUACCUCCCUCGCCGAGAUCCAGCACGCCAUGGGCAGACGCGGAGCACUAUUCAACACCGCCAUUACUGUGCGAGAGGCCCAUCGGUACGGCAGUGAUAAUGGGCUGCAACUCGAGGAGAUUCGAGAGGAGGACCCCCACGAGUUUGAUCUCCUGUUGAGUGCCACCUUGGACGGAGUCAAGACUGAUAUUAGUAUUCAAUACCGGGGAGACUACAUGAGCGUGGGACUUGCCAGCAUGAUUGCGGAAGCGCUGGAGUCAGCCAUCGUGUACCUUGUUGGGUGCCCGAAUGCUGAUGGCAGCAAGCGGUCGGUCUACGACUCGUAUUUCGAGCACAUCAGUGGUGACAUCGAUGAACGCUCAGCUAUCUCGCACUGGAACAGUCGGUUCGCAGGCCUGGAUGGUGUCACAUUCCCUCCUCUUCCCUCGCCGUCUUACCAGCCCAGAGUGGGCGCAGCGGUCCAGCAUAUGGUCCACGACAUCACUUGGCCAGGGUCAUAUAUGGCUGUUUCUCUGGUCCGAGCCGCGUGGGCGAGCGUGCAGGCAGCCCACACCAAUUCCGACGAUAUCUGCUUCGGGACACUAUCUUGCGAGGGGCCGCCGACUUCCCCAGAUAUGGCGACGGCGCCCCCCAUGCGAGUCAUGCUCGGUCGGGACGAAAAGGUCGUCGACCUGCUCGAGCGCCUCCAUACAGAGAGUACGCACAACGUGGAUUUGAACGUUCUGCGUAUCCAGCGGCUGGGCGAAGGCGCAGCUCGUGCCUGUCGCUUCCAAACCCUUCUCGCCAUCAUCACCCCCGGGCGAGAAAUGGUGCAUGACGACAAGCCCGUUGGGGAGAGCGAACAGAAUCUUCUCCCCUCGCGUCCACUGGCACUAACGAUCCAGUGCAUCCUAGGACAAUCGGACGUUCAACUCCGCGCAAACUUCGACCCCAAAGUGCUCCACCAUCACCUCGCCGCCAAGAUGCUGCGGCAAUUUGAAUGCGCACUCCGAUGGCUCAGCACACCAGCCCACGUCGGGUGUGAAAUUCGAGACGUGGAGACAGCAAGCGAACAGGAUCUUCGCAUGAUCUGGGCUUGGAAUCGAGUCGUACCUAAGUGCAGGAAUCUCUUGGUUCACGACCUGUUUGCUCGUGUCGUCCAGAGGCAGCCUGACGCUCCGGCGAUAUCGGCGUGGGAUGGGGAGCUUACGUACCAGGCGCUGGACGACCUGUCCACUCGACUGGCUCUCCAUCUCAUUGCGCUGGGGGUGAGACCGGGCAGGACCAUCCCCAUCUACAUGGAAAAGUCCAUGUGGGUGCCUGUUGCACAGCUAGCGGUGAUGAAAGCCGGCGGCGCGUCCGUCCUCCUCGACUCGACGCAGCCCUUUGAACGCGCCAGGUCAAUCGCCAGCCAGGUGCAGUCCAAUGUGGUCAUCUCCUCGCCUGCAAACCGGCUAUCAGUGUCAUCCCUUAACUCCCCAAAUUUGCUCAUCUUGGACUGGAGUCUCGUGAUAGCCCUCCCGUACAUGGGCUCAGGCGUGUCCUUGCCCCGAACAGCAGCCCCCUCGGAUCUGCUAUAUGUAGUCUUCACGUCAGGCAGUACCGGUGUGCCGAAGGGCGCCAUGAUCACCCACGAGAGCUUUGCCUCCGCAGCCCACUACCAACAACGUGCGCUAGGGUACGCCCCUGGCGUCCGGGUGUAUGACUUUGUGUCGUAUGCCUUCGACGUCACAUGGUCCAACAUGCUACACUCGCUCACGUCUGGGGCUUGUCUGUGCAUUCCGUCGGACGAGCAACGGAAAAACAACCUCCUCGGCUCGCUGCAGGCUAGCCACGCUACGCUGGUCGACCUCACCCCGUCAAUCUUGCGCCUGCUCCAGCCGCAACAGCUGCCCCAACUGCGCCGGGUCAUCCUGAGUGGUGAAUCAUUCAGCCAGGCGUCUCUCGGCGACUGGGCGAGCCACUCCGGGCUCCUGAACACCUAUGGGCCCGCCGAAUGCUCCGUCAAAGCAACCAUGGCGUCUGUUCGCGGGUCGUCGUGUGAGAACAAUAUCGGAUGUGGCGAGGGCCUUAUUACGUGGGUAGUGGACGCCAACAAUCCGGACAAGCUGGCACCGCUGGGGGCAGUGGGAGAGCUCUGGCUAGAGGGGCCCCUAGUCGGACAGGGCUAUCUCGGUGAUGUGGAGAAGACAGCCGCAGCCUUUGUGAAAGACCCCCCGUGGCUGCUGCGUGGGGGACCUGGCUGCGCCGGUCGUCGAGGCCGUCUCUACCGCACGGGGGAUAUGGUGCGAUAUGAAUGCAAUGGGGACAGUGGCACACUGACCUUCAUAGGCCGAAAGGAUUCGCAGAUCAAGAUCCGUGGCCAGCGGGUGGAGCUCGGCGAGAUCGAGCACCACGUACAGAACAGCCUUGUCAAAGAGGGGAGCACCCAGGCGCAGGUGCUGGCAGAUGUAGUGCAGCCGCGCGACAGCGCGCACCCUAUGCUGGUUGCGUUUGUCUGCAUCACUGAAGGAGACAAGUCCACCACACUGAAACUCACAGCCGGGCUCGACGACAAGUUGACAGACAAGUUGCCGGCGUACAUGAUCCCCACAGCAUAUAUCCCCGUCGACCACAUGCCAGUUGGCCCGACAGGCAAAACCGACCGCCGGCGGCUCCGGGAGAUGGGGGCUACGCUGACCCUCGAGCAGCUCUCUGAACUGCAGCCGCGGAGGAGCAGUGGUCGCAUUUCGAACUGCCGGGACACCUCGUCACCGACGGAGGCCCUGUUGCUGGAGACAUGGGCUGUCAUCUUGGAGGUGAACGCAAACCAUCUGUCACCACACGAUCACUUCCUCCGUGUCGGAGGCGACUCGAUUCUCGCAAUGCGGCUCGUCGGCGAAGCACGCGAACGCGGCAUGAGUCUGUCGGUGGCAGAUAUCUUCCGGUGGCCGCGGCUGGAGGACCUCGCGCGGGAGCUGGACAGCCGUUCGAAGGUGCUGCUCCAGCCCACUCAUAAGCAGGUGUCCGUGAAAUCCUUCUCCUUGCUGGGUGGAGACGUUGUCCCAGCGGAGAUUCAGGCGCAGGCGGCGUCCCUGUGUGGGAUUGAGACAGCCCAGGUGGAAGACGUAUUCCCUUGCACCCCUCUGCAGGCCGGACUACUGGCUGAGACGGUCCGACGGCCAGGAGAUAAUGUCCUAAGAGAGAAGUGGCGGUUGAAAAAGAGUGUCGACGUUGGCCGCGUGCGCGCCGCAUGGCAGAGGGUUGUCCGUGCAAACCCGAUUCUGAGGACGAGGAUUGUCGAUCUCGGUCAGAAAGGUCUCUUCCAGGUCAUUGUCCGCGAUCGUGAAGGCUGCGAGACGCGACAAGGUGCGUCAGCGCAGGACUUUGGUCUUGGCACGCCGUUGGUCUUGUACGAUAUAUCCGACUCGUGCUUCUCAUGGCGGAUUCAUCACGCUCUGUACGAUGGAUGGUCGAUGCCUCUCAUUUUCGACGCUCUGGACAGGAGCUACCGAUCGGAGACAAUUCCUGCCACCCCUCCUUUCCAAGCGUUCAUCAAGUAUGUCAAAAACGGCAGCCAAAUCCAGGCGGAGGAGUUCUGGCAGGAUCAGUUCCGCGAUUUUAACGCCCAGAAAUUUCCUGUUCUGCCUUCUCCAGCCUAUAGGCCAAAAUGUGAUGGGCGCUUGGAGCUGGACAUCGACGACGUGGCUUCGAAUGGCGAGUACACAGCAUCCACAAGGAUUCGACUGGCCUGGGCCAUCCUCCUGUCGACCAUCACCAACUCCGCAGAUGCCUCAUUCGGUGCCAUCGUGUCCGGCAGACAAGCUAACGUGCCGGGCAUUGAGCGCAUGACGGGGCCGACCAUGGCCACCGUGCCACUGCGAGUAGCGAUUGAUCGUUCAAAGGCUGUCAGAGACUUGCUGCAGCAAGUGCAAUUACAAGCCGCAGAGAUGAUGCCAUUCGAGCAAGUUGGCCUUCAGCAGAUCCGGCGUUUCAGCGAGGACUGUAGCCUUGGCUGCCAAUUCCAGUCGCUCAUGGUCAUUCAGUCUAGACUCGAGCAUGAUGCUAAAGACGCUCUGUUUGAGUCCGCGUCAGUGGCAACGGCCGCAGAUGAUGUUGACCCUUUCAAACUCUAUGCCAUCUGCCUGGAGUUCGUCCUCAAACCGAAUAGCAUCUGUUUGCGCGCCGACUAUGACUCUACGGUCGUGUCUCCAACACAGUUCCGCCGGCUUGCCGACAGAUUCAAACAUAUCUUCAUACAGCUUUCCUUGCCUCGGGUCCAGGCUCAGCCACUUUCUCUGCUCGAUACCAGCAGCCUGGGAGAUCUAGAGCAGAUCUGGCGCUGGAACGAUACUACCCUGGAGAGAUGCGGUGAAACAGUUCAUAAGAUCUUUAGCCAAGUCGCUGCGAAGCAGCCCGACGCUCCCGCAGUUUGCUCAUGGGACGGCAACUUCACAUACAGUCAAGUGGAGGAGAUGUCCACGCGCAUUGCCCAUGAACUUCUCCGCGCGGGCCUUCCGCAGAGCGGCCAGCGCAUCGUUCCCUUGAUCUUCGAAAAGUCAAAAUGGACAUCGGUAUGCCAAAUCGCAGUCAUGAAAGCCAAUGCGACCGCCGUUGCGCUCGACGCGACUCUUCCGGACGGCCGCGUGCAGACGGUAAUAGAUAUAGCCAAACCGCAAAUCAUCCUCGCUUCGGCGGCACAGGAAGCUCGAGCACGAGGUUUGGCCCCGUCGACUACUCGGGUCAUCGUCGUCAGUGACGCUCAGGAGCCGGCGUUCAUCCUUCCGGAAGAUGUGUAUCUGCCAGCGGUGGACCCGGAUACGUGGCUCUAUGUGGUCUUCACGUCCGGCUCAACGGGCAUUCCCAAAGGCGCAAUCAUCAGCCACUCGAAUUUUACCAGCGCGCUCAUGCACGGCCAAAAGGCACUGAAGUUCGGCCCGCAUACGCGUGCAUACGACUUCGUGUCGUACGCCUUCGACGUCUCGUGGCUCAAUGUGCUGUAUACUCUUUGCGCCGGUGGAUGUCUCUGCGUCCCAUCCCAGUAUGAGAUCCAAAACGAGCCCAGGGAGGCCAUUGCUCGCAGACGGGCGAACACCGCAUUCAUCACCCCGACAGUUGGCAAAUUGCUACAUGGAGCCGAUCUGCAAGUCAUCAACUACGGGGGUGAAAACCUUCCGCGCGACGAGAUUCAUUACUGGAAAGACCGCACUCAAAUCAUCCACUCCUAUGGCCCGUCCGAAUGCACACCCAUCUCGAUUUCGCACCUUCUCGAUCCCGCACGCAGUCGGGUGAUCAUUGGCAAAGGCCUCGGCGUCCGAACGUGGAUCGUAGAACCAGAGCACGGCCACUCACUGGCCGCCAUCGGCGACAUUGGCGAGCUGUGGCUGGAAGGGCCUCUGGUCGGCCAGGGGUAUCUAUAUGAGCCAGAGAAAACAGCGGCAUCAUUCGUCGAGGAUCCGGAAUGGCUGGUUCAGGGCGGCCCCGGCUUUGCCGGUCGGCAGGGACGACUGUAUCGGACUGGAGAUCUGGUGCGCUACGAAGAAGACGGCAACCUGGAAUUUAUCGGACGGAAGGAUGCCCAGAUCAAGAUCCGCGGACAGCGCGUGGAGCUGGAAGAGAUUGGGCACCAUGUAUUUGAUGCAAUUACGGAGACGACCGUAUCCCAGGUCGUCGUGGAUAUCGUUAGGCUCGCGGACUCCGCUGAAUGGGCUCUUGUCGCCUUCAUCGAGCCGUCGAACAAGGGAAUUGUUUCUGGUACGCCGGAGGCGCGUGCAUAUACCCAGCACCUGGCUGCUUCCACCAAGGCUCGCCUAUCGGCCACAAUCCCAAGCUACAUGAUUCCGAAUGCCUACCUGCUGGUGGACAGCAUCCCAAACACGACGUCCGGGAAGGUCGACCGUGGCAAGCUGCGCAAGGCGGCGUCAUCCAUGGUCAAGGAGGAUCUUCUGCAGGUCAACAGCAUUAAGCGACGUGCCCCAGAGACGGCGGCGGAGAGGAAGCUCCAUACGCUUGUUGCACAGGUGCUCUCCUGGGAUCAAGAGUCAUUCGGAAUGGACAGCAACUUUAUCCAGCUUGGAGGUGACUCGAUCAGCGCCAUGAGACUGGCCUCGCUCGCGCGUGAGCAGGCGAUCUCGAUAACCGUCGCGGAUAUCCUGACGAAGCAGCGCAUCGCUGACCUUCUCGAGACGGACCGGGAAACUGCGCUCGAAAAUAUCACUGAAAAGCCACGCUUCGCCUUGCUAGAUGUGGCAGACCCGAGCGCUAUUGUCCAAGACCAAGUGAUGCCACACGUCCAAUCUGGUCACGGCAAGUUGGUGGACGUUCUGCCGGCAACAGACAUGCAGUCGACCUAUCUCAUGGACAACCUCCACGAGCCCCGGCGAUCCUGGUUCUACAGCUAUAUUGACUUCUCCCAGAUCCCCGAUAAGAACCAUCUCGUCCAGAGCUGUGAGCAAGUCGUGGCACAUUGCGAAAUCUACCGGACAGCGUUUGUUCGCUCCGGGGAUUCCUUCUUACAAGCCGUCUUUGAUUCCUGGGCGCCCACCAUCGACAUCGUUGACGAUGUUGAGUUUGUUGAAGCCACAUUUGAGAAGCUGGUAGAAGAAGAGGUGAAAACACCCGCUCCGCUGGGCGCUCCUUUAAUACGGUUCACGCUGCUUUGUGGGCGAAAUGGGAUAGCAAGGCUCAUUUUCAGCAAGUCGCACGCCAUCUACGAUGCAAUCAGCUUCAGCCAAACCCUGCAGAUAUUGGCUGAAGUCUACAACGGCUCGGCGCGUGAAAGUCGGCCCUUCAGCCACUACGUUCACCACAUUCAGUCACAUAGGAAAGACAGCUACGUAUACUGGCGCAAGACGCUCCAGAAUUCUUCAAUGACCAGGCUACCAUGCACGUUGACAGAUUCCACAAAAGAUGGCCCUCCUACCGUGCUGGAACGCUCUAUCCAGAUGCCAACCCCACCCUUCGGCAUCACGCAGGCUUCCCUCUUCACGCUAGCCUGCGCCUCCGCGCUCAGCUGCCUCACCGGCAGCAGCGACGUUAUCUUCGGCUGCGUAGUCUCCGGUCGAGCUAGUGUUCCGGCCGAGCUCCAGAAUGUCGUCGGGCCCUGCCUCAACCGUCUCCCGGUGCGCGUGCAAUUCGCCCCAGGUCAGACGAAGAUAGAGCGACUGGCGACGCUCCAAAAGCAGCAGGCAGAGGGCCUUGCGCAUGAGACGACGGGCCUGACCGACAUCGCCAAGUACUGCACCGACUGGCCGGCUGAUACCAAGGAAUUUGGCUGCUGGAUCCAGUACCAGAACGUGGACGAGGCGCCCAUGCUCGGUGUACCUGGUGCGGUGGGCAGGCUGGUACACAAAGAGAUGUGGCACAUUCCCGUUGCAGCGGACUUUUUGGAGAUUUUUGCUAUCCCGAGCGGUGAUGGAACGCUCACCGUGAGGUUAAUUGGAGGACUUGGAGCUGGCUGGGUUCGCAAUGCUUUCAGGCUUUAG